CCGCAAUACCCGUUCCGACCUGACGUAACCCGCUUCCCCGCCCCCAGUAUCCUACAUCCUACCUACCCUUUUCCUCUUCUAUCAUUAUUCCCCAAAGACCAACUUAGCAAUAUGUCUCGAGCCCUCCAUCUCACAUCAGCUCUAUCACGCGCCUACCCAUGGGUAACCGCCCCCUUCAUCGUGAGCGCUCCCAUGCGCGUCAUGUCCGGCCCGGCUCUAGCAGUGGCUGUUUCCCGCGCCGGCGGCCUCGGCUUCCUCGGUCCCAAUAUCAAGACCCAGAAUACGGCUGCUGAUUUGGCAGAGGCAACGUCCCUAGUGGAAACGCUGCGUGCGUCUUCAUCUGCUAUCUUGCCGAGGACGGCAUAUCUUCCCAUCGGAGUGGGGUUUCAGCUCUGGAGCGAUGAGUUAGACACCGCUGUGGAAGCCGUUGAAAAGUUCAAACCAUGUGCUGUUUGGCUUUUCGCUCCGGCUGGGGGUCAAAAGGAUCUAGAUACCUGGUCUCGUCGGAUCCGUACUGUUUCACCGGGGACGCAGAUCUGGGUUCAGAUUGGGACUUUGGCUGAAGCGAGGGGUCUUCUUACUGGGACGGAGAAGCCAGAUGCGGUGGUGGUGCAAGGUGCCGAGGCGGGGGGUCACGGACGGGCGAAAGAUGGAUUGGGUCUGAUUGCUCUGCUCCCCGAAGUGGCCGAUGUAUUGGCGGGGAGUCAGAUUCCUGUUUUCGCGGCGGGAGGGAUUGCAGAUGGACGGGGGGCUGCGGCGGGGUUGUGUCUUGGGGCGGAGGGAGUGGUAAUGGGGACGAGGUUUCUGGCUGCGUCGGAAGCGAGGAUUAGUCAGGGGUAUCAGGGGGAGGUGGUGAGGGCGAGUGAUGGGGCGGUUUCGACGACGAGGACACUCUUAUAUAAUCAUAUGCGGGGGACGUUUGGGUGGCCGGAGGAGUAUAGUCCUAGGACGAUUGUUAAUCGAUCGUUUGUGGAGUAUCAGGCGGGAAGGCCGUUUGAGGAGUUGAAGGGGCUUCAUGAUGAGGCGCUGAAGGCGGGGGAUGAGGGUUGGGGACCGGAGGGACGGUUGGCGACGUAUGCAGGGGCGGCGAUUGGGUUGAUUCAUGAGGUGAAGGAUGCUGGGAUGAUUGUUCGGGAUGUUCGGGAGCAGGUGUUGGAGAGGUUUGGUGUUGGGGGGGAGAAGUUGUAGAUUUGUGGUUUGUUGGUUUGAUAUUGUGGAUGAUUGAAUAAUACUGGUUAAGCUGUUAUCUUCUUAGACUUGAUUAUUACAUCGAAUGUUGAAGGGAUGUGGUGGAGAGUUCAUCAAUCGCCUCUAGGCAUAGCUUUUGCGGGCGGAUUCGACAUGACUUUACACCAUAUCAGGCGCCCUCUCCCAUCUAAGAUCUAAGCCUACUCCUCAAC